AAUAUUAUCGCAAUGACCGAGUGGUUUUCUAUAAAAAGCCCUGGACGUCGAGGUACGGUCAUCAGUCUCAAACGCGUUUUCAUCAUGAAGUACUUCAACCUGCUGCUCAGCCUCUGCCUGGUGUUCAUGCUGUGCUCCUCGUGGGUCACAGCCUUCUCCAGCCUUUCUCCUCCGGAUCCAACUCCACCGACUGGUCCCUACGAUGGAGACUCUACUGGUUUUACCGGACCACCGACUGCUGAGACCACAAAUGCCACGCCACAGGUUUCCACCCUGUAUCCUAUUUACGGAUAGAGUCAUACUCAUCGUUGAUUGAUGAAUUAAAACUUUUACUGCAAUUAUAUUUUAAUAUGUGUAA